GACUUUCCCAUUUGUUGUGUAUGUGCUAAAGGGCGCGACCACUGAAUCCUGUGUCACGGCAAAUGCAGAGGGCAGCUGACGGGACACGACACGCACUCGAAUAGAAACAUUUUCCAUUCUGGUGUGGUGUCGCCGUGACGUCAGAAAGCUCCUUCAAUAGGAGAGGGGCUGGCGGAGUGAUUUCUGAGUGCUGUUUUGGUGGACUUGUACUGUAAAUGGGCAGGGAGCAAAUGGAGGAAGUCAUAAUCAAAAAUAGAAAAAUGAUAUACAGAGAUGUCUCUGCAGUAGGCUUUCAAGCUGCUCCCUGCUCAGCCUGAAAUACACCUCAAAGCAUUUUUCAUGGAACUACUGUAUAGCUCACAAAUGGGUUUAUAAACUCAGAGAUCAUGCUGUGAAAUGAGUUAAGUCCCAAUUUUUUUUUUUUAGCUGCUGUGUCAGUACUAUUCCUUAAAAUAAGCAAAGCCGGGGCUUUCUUUUGCAACGAUGACAAAUACAUAUUGCCGAGUUGCGGGGAAAGCCUCCCGACUUCCUUGUGGGCUGCUACGUCGGCACUUUCAGCUUUCCAGUUGGGCACGGUCGGCACUGGCCGCAUUGGGCUGCCUUAUCGUCCUUGCGCUCUGCCGUGCGGGCCUUUCACACUGAGCACAUUGGUUUGUUAGCGCUAUUACAUUUACACAUACAGUGGGGGGAAUAAUGACCUGCUGAAUUUUGUAAGUCUCACAAAGAAAUCAACAGUUGCCGAUUAACAUCCCACGUUUAGUUUUAUUGUCGUUUGGAUUUCAUAAUGUUCUGAAAUGUUGGUGCUCAGGCAAGGACCGACAAUGGGGGGAGUAAUCAGAAUCCAAUUUCUAUUCUUUUGGUGUAGGGUAAUGGUCAGAAUGUCAUUGAGAAAUGCAUAAAAACACACUAUAAAAAAGUAAUCAAAUGUCGUGCAUUCUGUUGAGUGAAAUUAGUAUUUGGCCCCCAAGCAAAACUAAUUAGUACUUACUGGAGAAAACUUUGUGGCAAGCACAGCAAUGAGAUGUUUCUUGUAGUUGGGUUUUUGUAUAACCGAAGACCAAAAUCAUUGAAUUGGUGUACAUUCCCAUAUAGCAUGAAAAUAGGUGUCUGGGGUAUUUUUGGUGCAUUGCACGCAUAUAUUAGAUGGAGAGAAGCCCAUUUUAUGCAUAGUGUACUGAGUAAAGUGUGUUCUAUGGAGCCCUUUAUAUUGUAUAAGCUGUAGAUUUGUGUUUUUUGAGAAAUGGCCAGGUCUUUACUGAAAACAGGGGAGAGAACAUGAUAUUCUUCAGGUACCCGGGAGAGGCCGACUGGUGUUGCAGGUGAUGGAGGUUUACUGGAGGGCGGCAUGGCAGAAAGCAGGCAGUGUGAAUGGCAGUGAGGGCUCCAUCCAGUGAUUGAUAAGUGAGUUCAGUCUAUGGCAGGGUUAUGCUUCUUGAGCCAGGGAAUUCCGAGGACGAGUGGGGUCUCAGGGGAAGGGAUGACAAAAAGAGGACUGUCCUCAUGGUGAUUUCCAUAGAUGAGCAGCGUAAAUGGAACAGUUUGGUGCGUGACAGGGGAGAUGACUCACCCAUCCAGGGCUGUGACUUUCUUCGGUGAAGGGAGUGGCUGGUGAGGGAGUUGGAGCUGAUGUGCCAAUCCUUUGUGAAUCAAGUUGUUGUCUGCACCAGAAUCUAUAAAGGCAACUAUGGGUGUGUUGUAAAUUGGAUCGAGAAUGCAAGCGGGAACAGUCAUACGGGAGGGAGAGCUUGAGGACAUGGUGGUUCGGCUCACCACGGCGCUCUCGGGUUGUGAUGCUGGGUGAAACGGUGCUGACGUUCCUGGGGGUCUGGUCUCGUGCUACCGAGUUGCAUGGGCUCAUCUGGUGCAGUGGGGGGUGACGCAGAGGCAGUCGGAGGUGCAGAAGACGGGUGAAUGGAUAGGGAAAUGAGAUGGUCGAGUGAGGAGGGCUCGUCCCGAGCAGCGAGCUCGUCCUUCAGCUGCUCUGAAAGACUGUUCAGGAAAAUCCCCCUUAGUGCAGCGUCAUCUCACCUGCAAGGAUUCGGAAAUCAACUGAAUAGGAGGCAACGGAACUGUCGCCUUGAGUGAGCGUAAGGAGGCGGUGAGGGGCUUUCCUGCCCUGAACGUGGUGAUCAAAGACCUCUAGUUUGGCAGAAAAGUAGUUAAAUGACGUGAGUACUGGGGAAGAGUUGUGCCAUAACGCGGUUGCCCAUUUAGCUGCUUUACCGCAGUACACACAAAUCUGUGGGAGCCAGAAUUCCAAUGGAAUUUCACUCAAGAAAAUACAUAACAUUUUAUAGCUUUUAUAGUGUAUUUAAUGCACUUUGACUGAUAUUCUGUUUAUUAUCAAAAUGAAUAAGCAGCCAUUAAAAAAUGAAAGUGUUAUUUUUAAUUCUGCAAAUUUGUCCUCACCUCAUGCGAAAGUUUUUGCGUAUUUGUAACAUAAAGAUACUUUAAUGGCAACUUUACUCUUGCACGUUGAAGAAACGCACAAACUCAUGAAUGAAUCAUGCCUUCACUUACAAGUACAAGUCAGACACAUCAAUAUAUAACAUGAAAUCUAAAGUAUGCGAGGUGCCUGUGAAAAAAUAUCAAUUUAGUAACAUCUAAUUUUAUGAGGCAGGGUGACCGACUGGUUACCACAUUUGCCUCACAGCUAUGAGGACCCGGAUUCAAAUCCGGCCUCCCCUGUGUGGAGACCCCAGACUCUGCUUCCUCAUGGGAAGUUGUGUUAGUGGAAUUGAGGAGGUCUUUGAAAUAUUCUCCCCACCGACUCACAAUGUCCCGAGUUGAGGUCAGCAACGCCCCAUCCCCACUAUACACAGUGUUGAUGGUGCACUGCUUCCCCCUCCUGAGACGCGGGAUGGUGGACCCGCUGAUGUUCACCAGCGGGUUUGGGGAUUGCCGCCACGACUGGCACCGACCACCUUACGACCACAGUGCUGGUCGGCCGCCUCAACAAUGGAGGCACGGAACCAGUGUCCCCGCCUCCCCCGGGACGUGGGUGAAGUUCUGCCAGAGGUGUGAGUUGAAGCUCCUUGUGACAGGGGAUUCUGCCAGACGUUCCCAGCAGACCCUCACAAUACGUUUGGGCCUGCCAGGUCGGACCACCAUCUUCCCCACCAUCGGAGCCAACUCACCACCAGGUGGUGUUCAGUUGACAGCUCUGCGCCUCUCUUCACCCGAGUGUCCAAGACAUGCAGGCGCAAGUCCAAUGAUAAGACCACAGUUGAUCAUCGAACUGCGACCUAGGGUGUCCUGGUACCAACUGCACGUGUGGACACCCUUAUGCUUGAACAUGGUGUUCGUUGUGGACAAUCCGUGAUGAGCACAAAAGUCCAAUAACAGAACACCGCUCGGGUUCUGAUCGGGGGGGCAGCCAUUCCUCCCAAUCACGCUCACAUGAGUAUUGAAGUCCCCCAGCAGAACGAUGGGAGUCCCCACCGGGAGCGCUCUCCAGCACACCCGCUCAGGACUCCAAAAAGGGUGGGUACUCUGAACUACUGUUUGGUGCAUAGGCACAAACAACAGUCAGGACCCGUCUCCCCACCCGAAGGCGCGGAAGGAGGCGACAGUCUUGUCCACCGGGGUGAACCCCAAUGUACAGGCAAUGAGCCAGGGGGCAAUAAGUAUACCCAAACCUGCUCGGCGCAUUUCACCGUGGGCAACUCCAGAUUGGAAGAGAGUCCAACCCCUCUCAAGAGGACUGGUACCAGAGCCCAAGCCGUGUGUGGAGGCGAGCCCGACUAUAUCUUGUCGGAACUUCUUGACCUCACACACCAGUUCGGGAGCCUAGGCUCUAGGUGACGUUCCACGAUCCUAGAGCCAGCUUCUGUAGCCUGGGAUCAGAUCGCCAAGGUCCCUGCCUUCGGCCACCGCCCAGCUCGCACUGCACCCGACCCAUAUGGUCCCUCCCACGGGUGUUGAGCCCAUGGGAAGGGGGACCCACGUUACCCUUUUGGGCCACUUCUCUUCUUCACGUCUGCCCGCCCAAAACAAGAUGAUAAUUUACUCUGUGUUUGCAGCAUCGUCAAGUUCACUUCAUUGGCAAGUUGACAACCUGCGUUGGCCGCAAAGGUACAAACGGUGUUGGGCAAGCUACCUGGAAAAUGGACUGAGCUCAUCGAGAAGUUAUUCUACAUUCCGUGAAGUUUCACUACAUUGAGGCAACCCACCAGAGAAAUUUUGUAACUUAACCUUCCAGAGUCAGGGCUCAAAUUGGCCGUUUUUUAUUACUUUUAUGUUUAUCAAUAUAUUUCACCUAAAAGAAAAAUGGUUUACCUUGGCUUGUUUGGUGUCAUUUUGUUCAACACAACUUCACGUGUGAAUGUAGUCAUUAUUAAUUUUACAUUUUACGUACUACAGUAACACUUUGGACAAAAAUCACACAGAAAACAUAAUAGUCAGUCGGAAAAAGUGAUAAACCACACUUGUUGAAUAAACCAUUUUAAUAAUAGAAUUCAAAUAUAAUCGGUAAAAUUCUAAGCCUCAGGUAAAAAAAUAGCAUAGAACAAAAUCUAAUACGAAUAUUUCAAGUGAAAUGCAAGCAAUUCAUCUGGCCCUUUUACACCCAAAUGAUUAGUGCCACUCCAAAAAGCAGUUCGUCCACAGUGCAUCACAGGUUGACACAUGGUGUUUGUUCUCUGUUUGUCCACCUAAAGGCAGAGCGUUUGCGUUUCAGUCUGCUUCAUCGUCAAAAUUGUCACUCUGUUGUCACUAAGUUGCGUCUCCUUCAGCUCCUAACAACUAAGAGCUGUGAAGCCUGCGCCGCAUCCAUAAGCCACCUCAUAAUUUUUACACAAUAAGUGCACAACAAUUUUUACACAUAAGCUGCAGAGCCUACAGCUUCUGCCCCAUACAUCUUUGGCAACUUGGCAUGUGAUACAGUAGCAAUGCUUCUAGCUGCUUCAACUACUGUCCUGAUUUUUCUUUCUGCCACAGCUGUGGUGAGUGAAGUAAAGUCACCGCAAUUCUGCCGCGUGUCAUUCUUGGGCUUCUUUCGUAAAGACUAUGGAGCAAGUUUUUCAGUAUUCCACACCAGAUCAUGAGGCAGCUCGCUCCCUUGUCACCUUACAACAAGGCAAGUGCAGGGUGUCAGAUUUACGUGAUUGAGUUUCGCAUUCUAGCAGCUGAGAGUCAGUGGAACAACAGGGCACUACUCGAUGCAUUUUUUCAAGGACUAUCCCCCGCCGUCAAGUAUCAUUUGGUCCCACUAGACCUGCCGACCGACUUGGACACUCAUCGCUCUCGCCGUAAAGAUCGACAAAAGGCUUUUGGAUCGCGAGGUGGAUGGAGAUCGGCAGAAGGAUGCGUCACCGCGCACUUGGAGGACGAGCCUCGGUGACCAGCCAAACCAAGCUGGGCAGGUUCCGUCUCUCCCCUGAGGAACGUCAACGCCGGCUGAGGGAAGGGCGGUGCUUCUACUGCGGGCAGUUGGGUCAUUCCGUGAGCAACUGUCACGUCAAAGUUGCCGGUGCCGGUAACAAGGGUACGGGAGCGGUGAGUCUUAAUAUUAUUAAGGAAGACCCUACCCAGGUUCUUCCUAAAGUAACACUAUGCUCUCCACAUCAAGAGAUUCAUACAUCUGCAUUUAUUGAAUCUGAUCCUGACUUGGCUCAAGUGCCCACCUGUUACCAUGACAUUAAAGAAGUUCUUUCCAAAUCCAAAGCUAAAUCCCUUUCACCCCACAGACCUUAUGACUGUGCAGUUGACUUGCUGCCUCGGGGGAGGUUGUUCUCUCUUUCAAGGCCGGAACACAAGGUCAUGAAGGAUUAUGAGGAAGAAUCACUGGCAGCCGGGAUCAUUCGCCCAUCUUUAUCCCUUGCGGGAGCAGGAUUUUUCUUUGUGGACAAAAAGGACAAGACCCUGCCACCCUGUAUCGAUUACCGGGAUCUCAACGAGAUAACUGUAAAAAACAGAAUCCACAGUACCAGCUGCAGGAGGACCUGGGAGCGAGGCCGCCAGAUGCUGCUACGCCAAGGACGAUCCUACAAGACCGCAGCUGACCGUAGGAGGACACCGGCCCCGGACUACAAAGUGGGACAGCGUGUUUGGCUCUCCACCAAGCAUAUUCCACUCCGGGCGGAGUCCCGGAAGCUCGGUCCCAGGUUCGUUGGGCCCUUCCCCAUCACAAAGGUCAUCAACCCUGUCACCAUGAACCUUAGGCUCUCAAGGUCGAUGAGGGUCCUGCAUUUCACGUCAGCCUGCUCAAGCCCGCCUGGGAGUCCCCUCUGGUCCCGCCUUCCAGACCCCCUCCUCACCCCCGUUUCGUGGAUGGGGGCCAUGUCUUCAUGGUGAGGCGGCUGUUGUCGUCUCGUCGGAGGGGGAGGGGGAGGCGGUUUCAAUAUCUGGUGGACUGAGAGGGGUACGGGCCUGAGGAACGUUCAUGGGUGCCGUCUGGGUUUAUCGUGGAUGACUCCCUCAUUCGGGACUUCCAUGUUGCGCAUCCUGGGGCUCCGGGGCCGUCUGGGGCCGGCCGUUAAGGGGGUUGGGGGGGCGGGGU